AUGUCCAUGAAUCGCAUCACUUGGAUGCUACUAGCAGGAGUAUGCAUGGACGAGUGGCGGAAUCCUCGGGCUGAAUCGAAUCUGGAGCGGCAACCCCCAGAAACACCUCAGGCCAACCGGACUGGAUCAAACUUUGAUCCGUCAUUCUGGCCAACCAGCCACGGUUCCUCUCGCAACGUGGGCUACUCUCGAGGACUCGAGGCUGCGUAG